AGACUCAACACUUGGGUUUUUCUAGGAUAUAUAAUUCCAUGGUAAUAUUUUGACUAUUAUCACCAUAACAUUUAUGUGUGUAUAUAUAUAUAUAUAUGUAUGAUCAUCAUUCUCUGCAAAGUCCCAAAACGUUUCCACCAUCUUCACGGCGCAAAAACAAUGAAGUUCUUCAGGUCUGCAUGUUACCGUCCCAAAGGCACCCCUGCGCCGCCGCAGGAGGAAGCUAACACCAACGCCUAUGUGUCGCUCACCUUACCUUCCUCCAGGCAUAAUAGGCGGACUGCAGUUCCCAGGUCCGCGUCUGCUAAGCAUUGGAGGCCAGCGCUUUCGAUGAUAUCUGAGGACAAAGUCGACGAAAACAGAGAACGGGUUUCGGGAAACAAAUUUUCUUGUAAAUCUAGAUCGCUGCCCAAUGCUCGCUCUCCCACUCACAGAGACGAGUUCAGGAUCAACUCCAUGCCGAUCUUCUUUCCAGCAAUCUCACCCACUCCGUUUAUGUUCUGAGUUCGAUUGGCGGUCCUUCUUUCUUUUUGUUUUGCUUUUAUAUUUAUUUUCUGUAUAUUGGUAUUGUGGAUGGAUUAAUAUAAAGCAAGAAUAUUUAUAAAUUCCGUUUUCUUGUGAAUGGAUUGUGCAGUAUCAUUCAAAUAUUUUUCAUCCAUUAUUUCUCUGCAA